AUGCCGUCGCCGACCUCGAUCACCCCGGAGUACGAAGCGGCCAAUGGCAAGUAUGCCGCCGCCUUUGACAAGGGCCAUUUAGCUCUCCCGCCCUCUCGGUACUGCCCGUGCAUGGACGCCCGUCUGGACCCGGCCCAGGCGCUGGGGAUCGAGCUGGGGUCCGCCCAUGUGAUCCGCAACGCCGGGGGUCGAGCCGCUGACGCUCUGCGGUCCGUCAUCAUCUCGCAGCAGCUCCUCGGCACGCGAGAAAUCGUCAUUGUGCACCAUGUACAGAAGCCCAUCCGACAUCAUCUGACCACCAGUAUCUUACACAUAUAUAUAUGGCAGACCGAUUGCGGAAUGCUCACCUUCUCCGACGUCGAUCUCAAAGCAAAAGUUCGGAAGGAUUUAGACCAGAACGUCGACCACAUUGCGUUUUUACCCUUCAGCGACCUCGAGCAGAGCGUCCGCGACGACAUUGCCGUCUUGAAGAAGAGCCCGCUGGUUCUGGACGUGCCUAUUACUGGCUACAUCUACGAUGUCAAAUCCGGCACGAUCGAGGAGGUUAAAUAA